AUGCCAACUACAACCUCGCUUCCCUCUGGGCUCGCCGCCCUAGGUCCGCUUCAAACACCACCCCUCUUCCUCAACGAGGAUCCAACGAUAGCGAAGAGAGAUCCAUGUCACAGAGCGAGAUCCAUGCCAACUGCACGUGAUUUGCAAUGCAUGUUGUCGAAAACCGGCCUAGAGUCGUCGCUUGUGUACGAGUACGGCUUUGCUUUUACACACAAUAAGCUAGAAGACGAGGACAUUUUCUACUUCAACCAUGAGUUUCUUCAAAGCACGAGAAUUUCCAUAGCCAAACACAGGUUAGAGAUCCUCAAGAUUGCUAGAAAAGCAAAGGGUAUGAACAGCGCUGGCACAAUCAGGAGGACUAAGAGGUGUUUGACCGAGUACAUAGGGACGUGGAGAAACCACCGCAACGUCGGAACUUUCGACAAGAAUGACCCGACGAUUGGCACGGGGCUCGUUGGCGUUCCAGCUUGUGGCGACGUGAUGAAGCUCCAAAUUAAGGUCGAUGACAGCACAGGAAAGAUUGAUGAUGCUUGCUUCAAGACCUUUGGGUGUGGAUCGGCCAUUGCUUCUUCUUCUGUCGCUACGGAAUGGGUGAAGGGGAAACAAAUGGAGGAAGUCUUGACGAUUAAGAACACAGAGAUUGCGAAACAUCUUUUGUUUCCUCCAGUGAAGCUUCACUACAGCAUGCUCGCCAAGGAUGCCAUUAAGGCAGCUGUUAAAGACUAUCAAGCCAAGCAAACCAAAAAAAAAACUGGCAGUAUAGAGGCAUCUCCUGCGGAGAAGGCUGUCAAUGCUUGAUUCUUCUCUCAUGUGAAAUGAUGAUGAAA